AUGGCCAGCGCCUCCUCCGCCGCAGGAACGACUUUGACACCAGAGAAGCCUAGAGUCGCCGCUCCUGGUGCAGACAAGUACGGCGAGCUGGCCAACAACAUCGUACUGCUCCCGCCGUCCGCUCCAGCCGGCCAGGCCAAAACCGGGACACUGCAUCGCGAAGCGGCGCCGCAUAUGCCAGCACGAACGGAAACGUUCUUUGACCUAAUCUUUAUCGGUCUGAUCAAUCGGCUAGCGACCGCCAUCAUCGACAAGCCCGGAGGCGACGCGGUAGCGCGUUUCGUCUUGACCUUCUACCCCGCCUGGGCAGUAUGGUCCGAGGCGAGACGAUACGGCAACGUCUCUGGCACGGAUGACCUGUUGCACCGCUCAUGGGUCCUUAUAGCCAUGUUCGGUAUGGUGGGAUACAUUGGCAAUGCGUCGGCCAUCCCGCUCUAUGCUGCCAACGCUGCCGAACACGACUUCUCCUCCUCGACCGUACGUGCUGCCACGGCGUUCUGGCUCGUCCUCCGCCUCAUCCAUGCGUGCAUACUUGCCGCGCAGUCGUGGAGGAUGCCCAAGAUGCGCCUGGGGAUGGCUAUGUGGAGCAGCCAAAUCUUGCUCCCCAUGUUUGUCUAUGUGUCGCUUUGCUGGGUGACUUCGCAGAAGGUGCAGAUCGCCAUCGCGGCUGUGGGCAUGACGCUCGACCAGCUCCCACUCGACAAACUCCUCUAUGGUUUUGUGUCUCGCCUUGUCGUCAAGCACAGGACGGACUCGCCCGCGAACUCGACUGCGACUGUUGCACACGACGAGGCGGGAGAUGGAGAAUGGAGCCACGAGAAAGAGUUGUCCCCGAAGCUAGGCCGGUUCGACUCCCCACCGCCAGGCAUAUGCCUCCCCGCCAUCAAUAUUGAGCACGCGGUACUCCGGAUGGGCGGUUUCCUCGGUCUGAUUAUGGGUACGACUAUUGUUGGGCUGGUAUACACAGCCACCGAAGGGCAAGUCGGCGCAUCCUAUCGAUGGGGCAAGGCCUGUCUCGGUCUCAUGGUCGCAUUCGGCGUCAACCUAAUCUACGGCAUGCCAAUGGAACGGGUCAACAAGUUCCAGCACGCCCUCCGCCGUAGCUGGUGGACCGCCCACCUCUUCCUGUGGCUCCACUGGCCGCUCUGCGCCUCUGCGAUCAUCAUGAACGCGGCCGCAGGUCGUCUGGCGAACCUGGAAACUGUGCCUCCCCCUUUGGUAUGGUACUGGGGUUGUGGGCUGGGCUUUACGCUCUUUUUCAUGUCCCUCAUCGCGUCACUGCACAAGGACUUGCGGAGUUGGCGGGCGAGCCGAUUGCCCCGCGCAGUACGCCUGGGGAUUGCGUUUGGGUGCGCGUUAGCUCUCAUUCUCUCACCGCUUGCUGCGAACAAGGUCUCGCCAAUGGGAUGGCUGGGGAUUGGAGCGGCACUCGUAUGGGUUGUGGUGCUCACGGAAGCGUUUGGGGCCCUGCAUAGGUCCAAGGGCGAGGAUGGACCCCACUCAGCUUGA